AUGAGUCACAGAACCCUUGCCCCUGCUUCCCGGCCUUUUGCCGCUCACAAUCCCCCGAAUCCGAAUCCUCCCUCCGAAUCACUAGUCUCGGUACCGAAACUUCGGAAGGCAUCAGCAGCAUGCACUCACUGCAAGCGCCAAAAGGCUAGGUGCCAAAUAGCCGACGGAGCCACGGCCUGCGAACGGUGCACGAAGCGGGAACUCUCCUGCGCGUUCGAACUGGACGAUGAUAUGCGGCGGAAGCUGGCCCACAAACGGAAGAUCGAGAGCCUCGAAGAGGAGCGGGAUGUCUUGCUUCAGCUGGUGCAGACGCUGCAGGACAGCCCGGACGCCAAGGCCACCCAGCUGCUGAAUCUCAUCCGCAGUAAGGCGCCCCUCGACGAGAUCAAGCUCUACAUGGACCACAACGUGUCGGAGCGGGACCGAGAGACGACCCCGCUGCUGGCGGAGAUCCACGAGCGAACCCACGGGCCAAAGGAGGACAAUAAACGGACCGCGUCCCAUCAGGCACUCAACAUUCAGCGGUUGAUCGACAUACCGGUCUAUCGGGUGCCUGCCGCGCCUUGGACCACAGUCACGAAAGAUGAUGAACUAGUGUCCCAUCUGAUCUCAUUGUGGCUGACCUGGAGUCAUCCGUUCUACAACUGGAUCGAUAAAGAGCUCUUUCUCCGUGACGCGAGAGCGGGCAAGCUGGACUCGAAGUUCUGCUCGCCAUUCCUGGUGAACUGUAUCCUGGCCGAAGCAUGUUUUCAUUCGGACUACCCGGACGCGUAUGCAGACCCCAACGACCCAGAUUCCAAAGGCGUUCAUUUCUACAAAGAGGCGCGGCGGCUCUAUGAGAAGAUCGAAGGUCGACUCGAUUUACCAACCAUACAGGGGUGCGGUGUAUUAUUUAUCUGCAUGGCGGUCAUGGGCAAAGACCGUGUGGGGUGGUUAUACCUCGGCCACCUGCGCAGUAUGGCAGAUGAAUAUACCAAGAAACACCCCCCGCCGCCCGCGGGGAUGUCUCCAUUCAGGGAAAGCCGGGCGAUUGAUAAUACCAUCUGGGGGAUUUACAAUCUUACCGCGACCGCUUCGAUCUCGCUAAUGAAGCAUUUGGCGAUCGACCGGCCGAAUCGACCCCUUCUUCCAUGCGACCAUCCCGCCGACGACACCUGGACGCCGUACCCGCGCCAAAUGGAUCCAGUUCAAUCCCACAUCCCCUGCGUGCUGAACAGCUUCUGCGCGCUGAGCGAGAUCAAUGUCGAUGCCAACCGCAAGGUCUUUGCGAGUGGGCACAAGCCCCCUCGGGACGAGCUGGAACAGACCUUGCAAGACGUGCAAACCCGACUCGAUGACUGGAAGACCAAGCUCCCUCCAUGCCUGGCCCGGGAGAACCUGAGCGUCCCGCAAUCGCUAAGCUUACACAUGCUCUACCACACCGUCGUAAUCAUGCUCUGGGCCCUCCUGAAAAAGGAAGAGCCGGACCCCUCCACCGAGACGGGCCACAUCUCCCGGGAGACGGCGCGCCGGACCUGCGUGACCGCCGCGCUGGCGAUCGUCGACCUCCUGCGCACGCACCGCGCCACCUGGGGCCCGGACUACAUCUCGCCGACGACAAUCCACUGGGUCAGCAUGGCGCUGUUCACGCUGGUCGAGGAGCUGGACCACGGCGUCGACCACCGCACCGCCUUCACGGAGCUGUGCGUCAUCGCCCGCACCUUCGCCCGCAAGUGGACGCUCAUGAAGGGCAUCCUGCGCAUGCUGCAGGUCUCGGCGCAGAAGAACGCGGUCGCGCUGCCGCCCGAGACGCACGCCCUGUUCGUCGAUUUUGAGGAGCGGAUGUGGGGCCCCGCCCAGCGCGAGCAGUUCCGCAGUCUGUAUCCGAAUCCAAGCUCGUUGGCGGAGACCGGUGGGGAUCGCACUAGGGAGGAGGCCGAGUUGGAUAGCUUUCUGGAGAAGUGGGAUACCCUUGAGAUUCGGGAGGGUGGGGAGGGUGGGGAGGAGCGGGGGAGCUAG